AUUUAGAAUUCAUUAGCCUAGUCCGAAUCGUACAGGAUUACUACCUCCUUCUUCCCUCCCUCAUGCUCUGAGGCUCCAAUUCAUUAUUCCUCUCACUCGCCGAUUGACGAGGUUUGAUCGUACGAAAGAUGGCGGGUUCCAUGACGAGCCCACUCGUUCGCGGCUCAGUGAUGAAUCGGAGCGCCAGCUGAUUCACGAGCUCGGAUUUGUUCUCUCUCGUGAGUUGACCGUCAACCAAACUCGUCUGUUCGUUUUUCUAUAUGUCGUUAUUGUUCUCUUCCCGGCUCCGGAUUCUUUUGUUACGAUUUCCCCAAAUUUGUCUCAGUUUUGGUUUUUCUGCGAGAAUCUUGUCGAGAUUGCCCUCUUGGUAAAGAGCAAGGGCUAGGGUUUUAUUCGAUCUGGAUUCAUUAAGAUGCGGGUUUCUCUUUAUGGAAUUUGCGGGAUAGGGUUUCUGAUUGGGGGUUUCCGAUUAUGCUGUGCAAAGCAGCUUGGAGAUCCGAGUUUUGCUCAGUAAUGGAAUAAGUAAGGUUGUUCGUCUGGGAAACAAUAGAGCUAAUUUAUUCUGUUUCUAAAGUUUCUGGAGAGGUUGUAAUAUUGGGUUCCGGAAUUCGUGAUGAGUGAGGAGAUACCGGACACGAUGAACCUGGAUUUGAACCUGGGUCCUGCUCCUGAGUCAGGUUUACAGCCGACGCCAAAUGAUGUUGUGAGUUUGGCGGAUUGGAUCAACGAAUCUUCUGAGAGAGCCUCUGAAGCUGUGACAAGGAUUAGGACACGACAUCGGUCACGUUUCAGACAGCUCAAUCUUCCUAUACUUGCUGAGACCCAGAGCCUGGCGAUAGAACUGAACCAACUGAUGGGCAGUUCCGCAAAUGGAGCUGCCUUGCAGACUGGCGAGGACAGUAUCGCCGCUGAGGCGAGAGGCAACGAUGACUCGAAAACGUGCGAGAAUGGGAAUGGAGUGAUAGAGGACAGUUUCUCGGAGAAGAAAGGGGAUAACGAGAAGAGCAAUGGCAGCGAUGGGGCUUUUUUUGACUGUAAUAUAUGUUUGGACUUGGCCAAAGAACCGGUCGUCACUUGUUGUGGCCACCUCUUUUGCUGGCCCUGUCUUUACCAGUGGUUGCAAAUCUCAGAUGCAAAGGAAUGUCCAGUUUGCAAAGGGGAGGUGACCCAGAAAACCGUGACACCGAUUUAUGGUAGAGGGAACCAUAGAAGAGAGUCUGAAGAGAAUCCAGAUACUAAGAUCCCUAUGAGACCCCAUGCCCGCCGAAUUGAGAGUUUGAGGCAGACUCUUCAAAGGUCGCCAUUUAUCAUACCCAUGGAAGAGAUGAUUAGACGUAUACAGGGUAGAUUCGACAGGGACUCAACCCUAAUCCCGGAUUUUAGUAACCGCGAAGCGUCAGAAAGAGUGCAUGAACGUGCCAGUUCAAUUCUUAACCGGUUUAUGACAUCUAGAGGAAUUAGAGGAGAACAGAACUCGGCCAGUGUUGCUGCUGCCGCUGCACCAUCAGAUGAAAUUGAUCUCAACCCGAGUGUCGCCCCCGACCUUGAAGGGGAACCCCCGAGGUUCCAUCCUCUGUUGAUCAGGAGACAGUUGCAAUCGCACAGAGUUGCGAGAAUCUCACCGUUCUCUUCUGCAUUCGGAUCAGUGGUCGACGCCUACGUGAGGUAUCAUCCAUUAGGGGGAAACCAAGAGCAGAACCACCCUCCUGUUGUUGUUGAUGACAGAGAUUCUUUCUCAAGCAUUGCAGCUGUUAUAAACUCGGAGAGUCAGAUCGAUGCAUUGGAGAUCGACUCUAUGGCCCUUUCGACCUCGUCUUCGAGAAGGAGGAACGAGAACACUUCGAGGGUUUCGGAUGUAGACAGUGUAGAUUCUCGUCCGCCGAGGAGGAGGAGGUUGACCUAGAAGAAGACAACGCGAGCUUUCCAUUUAUCCGCAGCAAGUUUCGCCUUGGUGACACAGACGUUAGCAGACUUGCAGGGGUCGAUAUGAUGUAAGACUGUAAUUUUUUUUAAAAUAUUGUUCUCUUUGCUCGGUUUUGGUGUUUCUGGGUUUUUUGAUAUUAGACCGAAUAUUGAAGGAGAAAUGUAUUCCGAUUGAAUUUGGUCGCAAUUUCGGUCCAUGGAGAGGGUGGGGGAGGAUAUCAUUAUCAGCUGUGUUGUAAGUUGUAACUGUUGUCAAGCUUAUAAUAAAAGGAUUAAGCCAUGGAAA